AUGGUCGAACUUUAUAUAAUUAAUUUUUAAUAGUGUAGUUAAUUUAAUAGUCUUUAAGAAGCCUGAUACGGAUGGGAGAAUAAUAAAGAACAAUUUUAUAAUAAUAAAUCCUAAUCGAUAAUUUUUUGUAGUCACAAAAUAAUAUAAAUCAUAAGUACAAAUAUUUUGUAUCCAGUGUCAAAGCGAUCAAUAAUAGAAACCGGGGCGUGUGAACCGUUUGUGAAUGUGUGUGUGUACAGUGGAAAAUUAAUUUAAAAUAUAAUAACAGCAAUUGUCGUUGGACAGACGUGUCUUAGCAAAACAACACCAAUUAGCGUGCUUCUUAUGCUAAUUAUAUUCUUGGCUUGGUAAAUCUCAAACUUUCGACGUAUUCUGUUUACAAUUUGAAGAAAGGAUACAUUUCCAACACACACAAAUCUAUAUGCAUGUUUUUCUUUUAAUAGACAACAGCGAUUUAUUUCAUGAAAAACCUCGUUACAUGUCUCCUAUAGAAGGAAAUUACAUGGGGAAAUUGUACUGUUGAUGAACGGUGGAAAACAAAAAAAUUAACAUCUUAAGACAAAAAAUCUUUACCAGCCCCAAAAGACAGAAGGAAGACACUGUCGCCAUGAAUUCAAGUACCAAACACUUGUUGCAUUGCACGUUACUUAUCGUUGUUAUUGUCGCAUUUGAAGUGUUUUCGGGAGGAAUAAAGAUAGAUGAAAAUUCUUUUACUGUUCUGGACCCUUGGGCCGAAUAUGGACAGUUAGCUACUGUUCUAUUGUACAUGCUUCGAUUUUUGACGUUACUUACACUCCCGCAGGUUCUGUUUAAUUUUUGCGGUCUAGUCUUUUACAAUGCUUUUCCCGAAAAAGUUGUACUGAAAGGAAGCCCUUUAUUAGCGCCAUUUAUAUGCAUUCGAGUCGUAACAAGAGGAGACUUUCCUGAGUUGGUAAAGAGCAAUGUUUUAAGAAACAUGAAUACUUGUUUAGAUACCGGCCUAGAGAAUUUUCUCGUAGAGGUGGUUACCGACAAAGCCGUCAAUUUGGCUCAUCAUAGGCGUAUACGUGAAAUUGUGGUGCCAAAGGAAUAUAAGACUCGGACAGGAGCUUUAUUCAAAUCAAGGGCACUGCAAUACUGUCUGGAAGAUAAUGUAAAUGUUUUAAAUGAUAACGAUUGGAUAGUCCAUCUGGAUGAGGAGACUUUGCUAACGGAGAAUUCUGUGCGAGGAAUCAUUAAUUUCGUGCUGGAUGGGAAGCAUCCCUUUGGUCAGGGUCUGAUUACAUAUGCUAACGAAAAUGUUGUAAACUGGCUAACUACACUCGCUGAUAGCUUUCGAGUGUCGGAUGACAUGGGCAAAUUGCGUUUGCAGUUCAAACUAUUUCACAAACCUCUGUUCAGCUGGAAAGGAAGUUAUGUGGUUACUCAAGUGGGAGCGGAACGACAAGUUUCGUUUGAUAACGGUAUUGACGGAUCUGUUGCGGAAGAUUGUUUUUUUGCUAUGCGCGCAUUCGCACAAGGUUUUACGUUUAACUUUAUCGAAGGAGAAAUGUACGAGAAGUCCCCUUUUACCUUAUUGGACUUUUUGCAACAGCGUAAACGGUGGCUGCAGGGAAUUCUUUUGGUGGUGCACUCAAAAAUGAUUCCCCUAAGGCAUAAACUACUGUUGGGAAUAAGCGUUUACUCGUGGGUAACCAUGCCGUUAUCCACCUCAAACAUUGUGUUUGCUGGCUUAUAUCCAAUUCCAUGCCCAAAUAUCGUAGACUUUGUUUGUGCUUUCAUAGCGGCAGUCAAUAUUUAUAUGUAUGUGUUUGGUGUCAUAAAAUCAUUUUCAUUAUAUCGCUUCGGAUUGGUGAAAUUUUUGGCAUGUGUCUUGGGGGCAGUUUGUACCAUCCCGGUCAAUGUAGUAAUCGAAAAUGUAGCAGUUAUAUGGGGAUUAGUCGGUAAAAAACACAAAUUUUACGUUGUCCAAAAAGACAUAAGAGCCCUGGAGUCCGUUGUUGUCCAGAAAGAUCAAACACUGCAGUACAUUGUAGCAUAAUAAAAGGCUUAGUUGUUCCAAGCUUACCAUUUUCGUAACGUAAUUUUUGUGAUAUGGUCUAAAACUAUUGCUUAAUUUGCAAACGUUUGGAAAUGUGUCUGCAAACAAUCCAAAUAUUAUAAUAAUAUUAUAAUACAAAUCUUGAGAAAAUCAAGAAGCAAAAAUGAACCAAAAAGUGAUGCAGUUUGGAAGAUUUUCUUCUGUUAUCACAUACGUAUAUCUUAAAUUAAACACUGAACAAAAAUUUAUUCACGCACACACACAAACACACACAAGCAAAAGCCACAUCCGCAUACUUUAUCUUAUAUUUUUAUUUCAUUGCGAACUCUUUAGUUAUAAGUUAAAUUUUAUAUGUAUUUAUUAUAAUUGUUUCCAUCCUAUCGAUUCCUGUCUCGUUUAAUGGCUUUGUACAUUGUAACUUAAGUGUAUAAACAUGAAUAUAUAUUUACAUUAGUACGGUUCGAGUUUACAUUUAUAGAGUUCAUGGUGAAUUUACAUUCGACCCUUGUCCGAUUAUACUGUGACAACAAAAAGAUCUGGAUUAAUUUUCAAAAAUACUGCAAAUUUUGCAAAAUUGUUGUAUAUAUCUAUAAUAUGCCAACAUCCAAACUUUGCAAUUUUUGAUUCAACCCAGGAUAUACCAUCCGAAUUUUUUUAACGAAAACGAAUGCACGGAUAUUUAAGUACUUAUCUGCAAUACAUCCUAUUGUACACUCGCAAGCCGUCACCAAAUAAAGUUAUAAGUGCCAGCAGAGAAAGCAACAGCAUUAGUUAUUAAAAAAAAAUUAUGUCAAACAUCCCUCUCUGGCUCUAUUUUGCAUCACAUAUGUAUCUAAGGGCGCCCGAUUUGUUGUAAAAUUGCAAUUGUCUAAUAGGAGAUUUUCUAUUCGAUUACUGUUGUUCAGUUCAUUCAUAACAAGAAAAUCCCAAACAUCCUAUUUUAAUGCAAUAUUUAGGAUAAUUUAAAACACAGUGUUAUGAACAGAACCAUAGUGGUUAUUUUAUAUACUAAAUAAAAAAAUAUUAUUUGGACCACAGUAUGAAUAAGCAUAUGUAUAAAAAAUUAUAAGUAAGUGUUACUACUAAGUUAUUAUCAUAUAAAAUAUAGAUAUUAUUUUUCUCCGUUCGAUUACUGAGUUAUGUUAUUAUUAAUAAUGAAAAAAAUCGAACUACGAAAAAAAUCAGUAUUUGAAAUUAAAUUUCUGAAGAAAGGAAAUCAAUAACGAUAAGUGAAGUACAUUAAACAAAACUCUUAAAUAAAUCACAAAUAAAUUAUUUAAAUGCUUUAUUGAAACGACGACAAAAUAAUGAAGUUAUAAUAAAGACAAAACAUUUAUUAAAA